CGCUGUUAGAUAAGCGAUUGGCUAUAAGUAAGGCGAAAUUAUAUGAAGCAAAAGUAAACUAAAAUCAACCAUCGAUCAGUGAACAAGCAGAAGCAAACGGCAGAACACGGCCGCUGAAAAGUGAAUUCCAUGCAAUACUUAAAGGAAAUACAUGUGAAGUGUUAUCGGCACGCCAAAACAAGGGCGAAGAGCUAAAAUUGAAUAUACAUAUUAAUCAACUGCAAAAAACCAAAUACAGAAAAACAUACCAACAGCAGGAAUAAUUGACCACAUCUGACUCACCACACACGCUAAAGAAAUUCUCCAGUUCGCGUUUAAAAUCGCGUCAAAAUUUCGUUUAGUACAAGCUUAAAUCCGUGCGGGGCGUGCAACCAGAGCGAGGACAUCAUCAUGCUGUUAUCCUACCGAUACAUCUACACAUUUCUAAUGACUACCAUAGCCAGCAUAAUGGUUGUGCUCAGUUCAGCCCCGCACAUGCAGCUGCCGGCACGGAAAUGCAGCGGACCCGGACACACAAUGGCAUUGAAUCUGGCAACUUACGGCCUGUUGGAGAAUCGUAUCACAACACUGGAUGCGCCGAUGCAGACGCACUGGACCAAAAAGUUUUUGGCUAAGCGCGAAGCGACUCCGCAUUCGGCGCCCUACGUGGUCAGCAUUCAGAUGAUGACACCAGACCAGGGCCUGGUCCACUAUUGCGCCGGCACCAUCAUCAAUGAACAUUGGAUACUGACUGCAGCCCAUUGCCUCAGCUCGCCACAGGCCGUGGCCAGUUCGGUGAUUGUGGCCGGCAGUCACGACAUUCACAAUCGCCGCGGCGAGGCGGGCGAAGUCCAGCAGCGCAACAUCGACUACUAUGUGCGACAUGAGCUCUAUCUGGGCGGCGUGAAUCCCUACGACAUUGCGCUUAUCUAUACCAAGAAGCCGUUCGUCUUCGAUGAGUACGUCCAAGCUGCAACGCUGCCAGAGCAGGACGCCAGGCCGGAAGGCUACGGCACACUGUACGGCUGGGGCAACGUUUCAAUGACCUCCGUGCCCGACUAUCCGCACAAGCUGCAGGUGGCCAACAUGCCCAUAUUGGAUAUGCAGCUAUGUGAGGACAUACUUGCACGUUCCGGCCUGCAGCUGCACGAGACAAAUCUUUGCACCGGCCCACUGAGCGGUGGCGUUAGCAUCUGCACCGCCGACUCUGGCGGUCCACUCAUGCAGGAAUGCUGUGAGCCGCAUUUGGAACAGAGCAACGUUAUCAUUGGCAUCGUCUCCUGGGGUCGACUGCCUUGUGGCCAGAAGAACGCGCCCUCCGUCUUUGUACGCGUCUCUGCGUUCACAGAUUGGAUCAAUCAGAUUAUCAACUCAGCCACUCUAUUAAUGUAAAUAUGUUACUCAACACUUGGAUCGCAGCUCGAAUGUUAAAAAAAUGUAUAAAAAGUACCUCAAAUAGUUAAAAAAAAAACCUAGCAGUUAAUCUCAGUAGUCAAAUAAGUUUUAAAAAAAUCAUUAUAUACUGCCCGUAAUCUAAGCCAUAUAAAGUUAAGUCGCAAAAAAUGUUCCUAAUAAAAAGCAAAAAAAGUAUUAUUAUCAAAUU